AUGCGGUCUCGAGCUGCCACCCACAGUGCCGGCAGGCGGUCUCUCCGCCGCUAUGGCUUCGCCUGCCAGGGCUGCAAGGCGCGCAAGAUCAAGUGCAAUGGCGAGCAGCCCUGCUGUGCCGCCUGUGCCCGUUCGGAGACGGAGUGCGUCUGGCCAUCAAGCAGCCUGAACAACCAUAGGAGCGAGCGCCUCGAGAAGCAGCUGCAAGACGCAAGCUCUCGCAUUCGGCGGCUUGAGUCGGCCUUGGGUGACACCCAGGCACAUGGACAUGCGCAGCUUGGACAGGACGGUCCGGGUCUGGGGCCGCCUGGCCUGGAUCCAAGCCCGGGACCGCGAAAUGACAUCAGUGUCGGUAGUGAGAACAACAACCAGUGUCCCGCGGGGGCCAUGAUGGCGGUGGACGCUGCCACCUCUAGCCCUAGCGUCGCAGGGAGUCAUGCGUAUACCACCACCGCCACCACGGCUCGCGACGCGUCCAUCUGGUCCCAAGUGGGCGUCGGCGAGGAUGGCGCCAUCAUCUACAACGGGCCGACAAGCCGCUUCCACGCGGGCCCGCUGGACGAGAACCAGCCUGCAUCGACGUCGCCUCUCGACGACGCGCGGCGGGACCAGCAGGCCAGAGCGUCUCAGGCAGAGAGCCUGCGUUCCCAGUACGACCUGCUCGACUCCGUCUGGGUUCCCCUGGGCAAGACCAAGAACAUGGAGGCCUUUGGCAUAUCAAAGGAAAUGGGUUCCCACCUGCUCGAGAUGUACUGGUCAUGGCUGCACCCGCUACACAACUGCGUCUACCGACCUGUCUUCCUGAUGGACAUGGCCCUUAACGGGCCCUACUACUCGGACUUCCUCCUGACGUGCAUCUUCGCCCUGUCUGCGCGCCAUCUCAGCCGGCAGCAGGGAGACGACGAGAGCAACGGGGCUGCCGCCAUCGGAGACCGGAUGUUCCGCCGAGCCAAAGCCCUGCUGCUUGAGGAGAUGGACAGGCCAAAGCCGCGCAUCCCGACCAUCCAGGGGCUGCUCAUCCUCGGAGGCCGCGAGUGUGCCAUGGGCAAGAGCUCGCAGGGCUGGCUGUUUACGGGCAUGGCCAUUCGGAUGAUGGUGGACAUUGGCGUGCACCUGCACACGAGCAAGAUUGCCGAGCUGGAGCGGCUGACGCCGGCCGAGAUUGAAACGCGCAAGAGGUUGUACAACUCGGCGUACAUCUGGGACAAGACGCUGAGCCUGGCGCUCGGCCGGUCCCCGUCCCUGGUGAGCCCGCCCUACGGGCCCGACGAGAUCCUGGACCAGUUCGACAACGAGCAGGAGUGGCCGUCCGAGGGCGCCAGGGACAUUGCCUCGCUGUACAGCCCGGUCCCCAUGUGCAACACGGCAACCUUCUCUGGCUUCUGCGAGCUCCACAGGAUCACCACAGACAUGAUGCUGCUCCUGCACACACGGGGCCUCUCGGACAACCUGCAGCCCGAGAUCGACAACAUGUCCCUGAGACUCUGCGAGUGGCACGACCAGCUCUCCGCGGCGCUGAAGGUCGAUGUGGACGAGGUGUCAUCCACGAGGCAGUGCCCCCCGCCACACAUUGCCUCUCUCAACUUCCUCUACCACGCCCUACACAUCCUUCUCCGCCGGCCGCUGCUGCACUCGCCCGAUGCCGCCACGCGGGCCCGGGCCAUGGCCGCCUGCGCGGCACACUCGCAGCGCAUCCACGCCAUCCACGAGCUCUACGCGCGCAGCUUCCCCCACCGCCUCAUGACGUACCAGGUCAGCUACUGCAUCUACACGGCGGCCACCGUGGACGCCUACGAGACGCGGCACGCCGAGCCCCGGGCCCCGGGCCGUCUAGACGCCGCGCGACGGCUGGGCCGCGCCGUCCGGACCCUGCAGGACGAGGCGGAGCACACUCCCGGCAGCGGCCGGAGCCUCGACACCAUCCGCCGGCAGCUCAGUGCU